UAGCUUGCUAAUGUAAAUAUAUUAAUAAUUUAAAUUUAUUUUUUGGGGAAAAUUUUUUCGGGUUUGGAUAAGCUGAAGCCAUGAGCGAGUUCAGGAUACACCACGAUGUGAACGAGUUGCUCAGUCUCCUUCAUGUCAGAGGAGGCGAUGGAGCCGAGGUUUACAUCGACUUACUGCAGAAGAACAGGACUUCCUAUGUUACCACCACAGUGUCGGCACACAGUUCUAAGGUGAAGAUUGCAGAACACUCGAAAACACCUGAGGACUUUUUAAAAAAGUAUGAAGAGCUCAAAUCCAAAAAUGCACGCAACUUGGAUCCUUUGGUGUAUCUUCUUUCAAAGCUUACAGAAGAUAAAGAGACACUGAAAUUUCUGCAGCAAAAUGCUAAAGAGCGAUCAGAGAUGUCAGCGAAUGCGACAUCGAGCAGCACAACCUCCUUUAAUAUUCCCCCAGCCAGUAGCAAGAUGUCCAUGCUGGAGCUGGAGGAACUGCGCAAAAAGCUCGGGAAUGUCACAGCCAGCGCCAACAUUCCACAGUCUGCUGAAGUCACCCGCAAGCUGCUAAGAGACAGACACAACAAGAAGAACCCCACACAGCCUAUUCCUGUCUUCCCAAACUGGGUGUAUGACAGACCAGCGCUGAUUGGUGAUUUUAUCCCUAGCACUGCACCAAUGGGGGAACCAGUUGUGGCUAUUGGUACAAUGCCGCUGACGGUGCAGGAGCAAGCUUUGGUCGAGGACCUGCUGUACGUACUGAUUGGUGUGGAUGGGAGAGACAUCACAGCACAGCCUGUGCUCGGCAGACAGAGUCGCUCUUUUAUAGUAGACCCCUCUCUGGACAUGUCGAUUAAGGAGCUUGUGAACAGGAUAUUACCGGUGGCGUCCUGUUACUCCACCGUCACACGCUUCACAGAGGAGAAGUGUUCAUUUGAGUAUGGUCAGGUGAACCACGCGCUCACUGCUGCCAUGAGAACUCUGAUGAAGGAGUAUCUUAUUCUAGUGACACAGCUAGAGCAUCUUCACAGGCAAGGCAUGCUCUCCCUACAGAAGCUCUGGUUCUACAUCCAGCCCACCAUGCGCACCAUUGAGGUUCUGGCCUCCAUUGCCACCUCAGUAGACAAAGGAGACUGCAUGGGAGGCUCUACAUUAAGUCUGCUUCAUGAUCGCACCUUCAACUACACUGGAGACAGCCAAGCCCAAGAGCUGUGCCUCUAUCUCACCAAAGCAGCCAGUGUCCCGUACUUUGAGAUCCUAGAGAAGUGGAUCUACAGGGGAAUCAUCAAAGAUCCAUACGGUGAGUUUAUGGUCGAGGAGCACGAGCUUCAAAAAGAAAAGAUCCAGGAAGACUAUAAUGACAAGUACUGGGAUCAGAGAUACACCAUUGUGCAGCACAAAAUCCCAUCAUUUCUUCAAAAAAUGGCGGAUAAAAUAUUAAGUACUGGGAAGUACCUGAACGUUGUGAGGGAGUGUGGGCGAGACGUGACCUGUCCAGAUGCAAAGGAGGUUCUGUACACUUUAAAAGAGAGAGCGUAUGUGGAACAAAUUGAAAAAGCAUACAACUAUGCCAGUAAGGUUCUCCUGGACUUUCUUAUGGAGGAGAAGGAGCUGGUGUCACGGCUAAGGUCGAUUAAGCACUACUUUUUGAUGGACAAGGGAGACUUCUUUGUUCACUUCAUGGACCUCACAGAAGAGGAGCUAAAGAAACCUGUUGAUGACAUCAUCCCUUCUCGCUUAGAGGCACUGCUUGAGCUGGCUCUCAGAACAAGCACAGCCAACACAGACCCCUUCAAAGAUGAUCUAAAGAUCGACCUGAUGCCCCAUGAUGUCAUUACUCAGCUACUGCGCGUCCUGGCCAUCGAAACCAAGCAAGAAAAAGCCAUCAACGCUGACCCCACAGAGGUGUCCCUGAGUGGCCUCGAGGCUUUCUCUUUCGACUACAUCGUGAAAUGGCCGCUGUCGCUCAUAAUCAACAGGAAAGCGCUGACACGAUAUCAGAUGCUCUUCAGACACAUGUUUUAUUGCAAGCAUGUUGAAAGGCUGCUCUCAAAUGUUUGGAUCAGCAACAAGUCGGCCAAGCAGUACUCCCUGCACACUGCUAAAUGGUUUGCUGGUGCGUUUGCUCUCAGGCAGCGCAUGCUAAACUUUGUACAGAACAUCCAGUACUACAUGAUGUUUGAGGUCAUGGAGCCCACGUGGCACAUCAUGGAGAACAACCUGAAAUCGGCAUCCAAUAUUGACGAUGUUCUUUGCCAUCACACCAGUUUUUUGGAUAACUGUUUAAAAGACUGCAUGCUGACCAACCCUGAACUGCUGAGGAUUUUUUCCAAGCUCAUGUCUGUGUGUGUCAUGUACACCAACUGCAUGCAGCGAUUUACCCAGAGCAUGAGGAUGGACAGUGAGAUAAACCGAUUAAGUCUGGAGCACGGCACCAUGGAGGGUCCUCCGACACAGAGCGAGCGCACCGAGGAGGCGGAGAAGAAACGUUUGGCCUCCAAGUUUUUAGCUGAGCAUGUUGAUUUCCUGCAGUCAGAUUCAGGAUUUGAAGGCACCAUCAGUAAGUUUGACAGUAACUUCAGCACGCUACUGUUGGACCUAUUGGACAAGCUGAGCAUUUACAGCACUAAUGACUGUGAGCACAGCAUGAUCAACAUAAUCUACAGGCUCGACUUUAACGGAUUCUACACCGAGCGUCUGGAGCGGAUGGCGAUCGAGAGGGGUCAGAAGGCUGCCACGUAGCACUCUCUUAUAUGAGGACCUUCGUAACGUCCACAUCAAACAGCAAUAAGAAGCUUAAUGGCAUGUUCUGCUCCGUACAAUUAUGUUUAAUAUGAAUGCGCUGUUCUCGUUACAUUACCUAAAAAUCUACUCAGAGAAUUGCUGUACAGUUAUAUAACAGCUCAGUUACGACUGAGUACUUUGUUGUCUUUAUUCUUCCAUGGGACAUGUAGCAGUGUUGUGUUGAAAUAUAAGCAAUUCCAUAAGAAAUGUUGGAUUCUAACUAAAUGAACAGUUUUUGUGGUGUUUUUGUCCUCAUUUGUUUUUGGGUUUUUUCUCUUUUUUUUAAACUGCAAGCCCAAUAAAUGCCAGUGUUAUAAAGUGCACAUUAACAUCAUCAGAUGCUUGUGGAUUAUCCAAUCAUGACAUCUACUCACUUGCUAAUGCUCCACAGAAUUAUUGCUAGAAUUAUUGAACAGUUAUCAAAGUUUAAAAUCCAGAUUACUUUAACCAUCACAUUUAUGCAAAACACAUUACUUACAUUAUUAAGAUAAGACCUGUUUUCUAUAACAGAAUAGGUUUACAGCAUAAAAACACUAAUGCACUACAUGAUGUCAUCAGACAGACUGAGUUCAGGUUCUUGUGCAGAACACUUCUUCCACCAUGACUACCAGCAGUAGUCAUGUCUUUUUGGAGCUCGCUUCAUCAUGCUGGAACAGGUUUGUGCUUUUGAGUUUUAGUCAAAUUAAAUCCCUCAGCAUACAUACAGUAUACAUCAUAUACAAAUUGCAUGCUUCCAUUUUGUGCCAACCAUUUGGUGAAUGUUCACAUAUUUGAUGAUGUGUUCACAAACUAUUGAUCAUAUAGUGUAUUAAUCUAAUAGGCAUGUCUAUUAGGUACACCAUAGUAUGGAGAAUGUAAAAAAUGCAACAAGCAUAAAUGGCCUUCAAAUCUUCAUGAUAUAAUGUACUGCCUGGUUUAAGUGAAAAAUCUGUAGUAUUACUGUACAUAUUAAUACUGUUUAGUUAGAAGAGCAUCAACAAGGAAAAGAGAUUAUUUAAAGAAUUGAGUACUGAUGGUAAAUGACAGCUCUCUGUGCUUUAAACAAAUUAUUUGUAUAUUACUUUCUCUUACCUUUAAAAAUGGUAAUGAUUAAACAGUAAUGUGCAAAAGUAUUACAGCAAAUAACUGAUGUUGAGCAAAUAUUUGUUUUACAUAAAAAAUAAACAGUAAACAAA